AUGUCCUAUGGGAUCUUCACCGUCCCGGUGAGGGGCGUGUACUUCCUGAGGAUGUACGCCCACUCUCACGCCGGGGUCCGCAUGGCCGUCAGGCUGAUGAAGAACGGAGAGGUUCAGUGCUCCGUCUACUCUCACAUGCCCAGUUCCACCAACGGCAACGCCAGCAACGGCAUCGUCCUGAGUCUGGAGAAAGGGGACGAGAUCUACACCAAACUGUGGGACAACUCCUGGGUUUACGACGACCCGGCUGGGUACACCAGUUUCGGAGGGUUCUUACUCUUCCCCCUGUGAAUCAUCUAAUUAUGUGAUCGCGGUGACAAAGAGCAAAGAGAAAGUUUGUGAACCCUUUGGACUUUAUGGUUAAAAGUAUGUGGACACCUGACUUAACCUGAUAAGCUUAUAGAGGGACAGUGGGAGUCUAGUGGAGCUUUGGACUAUUAAUUGGUUCGAAUCCAAGCUCUGCUAUGCAGCCACUGUUGGGCCCUUGAGCAAGGCCCUUAAUUUGCACCAUAUAAUGGCUGACCCUGCACUCUGACCCCAACUUCCAAACAGUCUGGGAUAUGCGAAAAGGAGCAUUUGUGAGGUCAGGCAGCAGGAAACCUGGGGUCACAAUUAGCAUUCCAAUUCAUCCCAAAGGUGCUGCUUACAUUCAAACGUUUGCAUCAAUGUUGGCAAUACUUCAACUCAGUAAUUACAAGUGGUGUCUAUAUACUAUAUAUAUAUAUAUAUAUAUAUAUAUAUAUAUAUACAGUAUAUAUAUAGUGGGGAAAAUAAGUAUUUGAUCCCCUGCUGAUUUUGUAAGUUUACCCCCUUACAA